AGUUGCUAAACACAGGAAAGACUUUGUGACUUUAAUGUUUCACUUGAAUGUGAGACAUUUGCUCCUACAGCAGCAGCUCCGUUCACUCACGGAUACAGCAUUUAAUCCAAAGAUGGGGUGGACUCACUGUAUCGUCUUGUUUCUGUACGUGUCAGCGUGUGUGAGCUGGCGGCUGCCUGAACCUGAGCCUGUUAUGCAUGGGGCGGUCCAGUCCCCCAAUUAUCCCCAGCCUUACUCUCCCAACCUGCAGGAGCAGUGGGACCUCAGUGUGCCAGAGGGCUAUCAGAUCCGGCUCACCUUCACACACCUGGACAUCGAAGCGUCUGCAGGCUGCUAUUACGACUCCCUCACAGUUCUCUAUGAUGCGAAGAUCCUGGGGAAGUUUUGUGGCCAUGAGAACUCGGCUGAUGGGCAUCACCCAGGCACCCAGCCCAUCUUGUCUCCAGGCAACACGCUCACCCUCAUAUUUCAGUCAGACGACAGCAACCCAGAGCGCCACCAGAAUGUGGGCUUCUCUGCUCAGUACCAGGCAAUAGACAGAGAUGAGUGCUCUGAGCCAGAACCUGACGAUGGCUCAGGUCCACUCUGCUCUCAGAUCUGCCUCAACACCCUUGGCUCGUACGUCUGCUCUUGUCACCACGGCUAUGAGCUUCGCCCAGACCAGCGCAGCUGCAUGUCAUCCUGCGGCGGUGGUAUAUUUGAUGAGCCAGAGGGAUAUCUGUUCAGUCCAGGAUACCCAAACCCCCCACCUCAUGCUGUGUCCUGUCAGUACAUCAUUUCUGUAGAAGCUGGCUUCACUGUCUCUCUCAACUUCACUGACAACUUCCACAUUGAGAGCGUGGACACCGAGCAAGGCCCAAACUGUAUUCAUCACUGGUUAGAGGUGACCAUCCCAGAGAGAGAGCCCAUCAAGCUGUGUGGUGGGAAGAGUCCAGGUCUGAUAGCUACAAACUCCAACACGGUCACACUGGACUACCAUACUGAUGAUGAAGGCCAGAGUCGCGGCUGGAGCCUUGACUAUAGCACAAACAGAGUGAAGUGUCCUAUUCCCGGUGAUGUAGCUAUGGGCAGGGUCACUCCCAUAUUGACUGAGUAUUUCUACAGAGACUACAUCUUUGUGCGCUGUGACCAAGGAUACAAGCUGAUGAUGGAUGGUGAGGAGAUUACCAGUUUCUCUACCAUGUGCCAAAACAAUGGACAGUGGCACCUCCCUCUGCCAGAAUGCCACAUAAUUGAUUGUGGAGAACCUGAACCUCUGCUGAAUGGAAGAUGGGUCUUCCUGUCUGGCUUUGACAAUCAGUACCUUUCUGUUGUUCAGUAUCACUGUAAUGAACCAUUUUACACUCUACUUGGUGGCAUUAAUGUUAUGUUCACCUGUGAGGCCGACAGAAAGUGGAGAUCCAACAACGAUAUUGUUAUCAAUCCAAUAUGCAUACCAGUCUGUGGCCAGCCCACAAAACUCCUCACUGGCUAUCAAAGGAUUAUUGGAGGGAGUGAAGCUCCAGAAAACACCAUCCCCUGGCAAGUGAUGCUGAGUGUUGAUGGAGGAAGAGGAGGAGGCAUGGUGAUUGCAGACCGCUGGAUUAUGACUGCAGCUCAUAAUUUAGUUCAUGAUGGAAAUCCAGCUUCAAAAGACACUGUACGGAUUUACAUGGGACUUACUGAUGUUAAAUCCCUGUUGGGCUCUCCUGUGUAUGCUGCUUCAAUCCACAUUCACCCUGAAUACAACAACCCCAACUUGUUAGACUACAACAAUGACAUUGCCUUGAUCAAACUUCAAGACCAGAUCACAUUCAACUCAUCCAUUAUGCCAAUAUGUUUGCCAGCAGAGGGUGCCACAUACGUGACUGGAGAGAUGGGACUGGUGUCAGGCUUUGGCAUUACAGAAACUAACAACAGACGGAUUUUAACAAAUAAGCUGAAAUACGUGCAGGUCCCUGUGGUGGAGCAGGCAAUAUGCAGUAAUUCAGUCGCUUUGUUGAAGAGGAAUCGGGACAAUGUACCAGAUCUGACAAAUAACAUGUUCUGUGCUGGAGUCCCUGAAGGUAAGAAGGACUCCUGCCAGGGUGACAGUGGAGGCCCCUAUGCCCUGAGACAUGACGGCCAGUUCUGGGCUGCUGGGAUCGUCAGCUGGGGGGUUGACUGCGGAAAGCAAGGAACAUAUGGAGUCUACACCAGAGUCGCUAACUAUGUAGGCUGGAUCAACACGACUAUGCAGGAGAAUUAAAAUUUACAGUAAUUCAUUACAAUAUGAUGUGAAGAUGUUGAAGAAACAAAACAUCUACAUCAAAAUAAAAAGGGAACACACUUUUCCCUAAAUAUACUCUUUCUGCAUAUUGUGUCUACUAUGAAUUAAGGUAAUGUUCCAAUGUACGGUAAAAUGAUCAAGUGCAAUCAUGAUUAGAACCAUUUAAAAAUCUCUCUAAAAUUAUGAAAUAAAUGUAAUACUGGUCAUAAAGUCACUGCAAAUCUCCCAAAAGUGUAUUUUUGAAUAAAGUGUCAUCAUACAGACUCAAA